UAUUUAAAGUUUGGUAUUUGCAUAAAAUUAUUGUGACUUGUCUUGACUCUUGCGCUUGGAUUUGGACUGUUUUAUCAAUUGAGGGGCAAAUUAUAUCAUUUGUCUUUCAACUUUGAAUGUUGUUUCAUAAUCAUCCCUCUGUUAUUUUGUUGCUUUAAAAUUUCCCAAUUUUAUUUCUGUUUCAAGAAAAGGCUCUCUGGUUUGUACUAAUAAGUAAAAAGAAAAUUACUCUUUUAUCCUUUUUUUUUAAACAAGAAAAUCACCACUUUAUUCAAUCUAUUAUUGCAAAUCAAUGGGAAUUUUUCUAAAAUAAAAUUAAAAAUGAAGAAUUUUAUAGCAACAAAAUUAAAUUGGGGGCGACAAACGUACUAUCUUCAAAGUUAACAAAUCGUAUAAUUUACUCUCAAUUGAGAUAAUGCGAGAUCAAAUUUUUAAUUGACUAAGCAUGCAAUUAAUAUAUUUAUUUAUUAUGUUAUUGACCUAAAAUAAUCCCAUAAUGGCAUCAUUUACUGUAUUAGUGCCGUUGAAUACGUAAUGGUCUGCAUGAAAACCUCAAUUCUCCCACAACCUUUUCCUCCAUUUUUAGCCAAAAGAAAAUGACCAUCCAAAAUUUGAAAUCCAAAACCGCAAAAUAACCUUUCAGUUUGUCUCCCCCCCUCCUUUUCUCUCUCACACUGACACGCAGAGAGCAAGGUCAUGAUCUGGGUCCUGUUCAUUCCACAACCAGGGUCAUGAUCUUCUAUGUUUUACCUUGCCAGCUCAUUUCUAUAUCGUUUAACAGCCAGCUGAGUAUAGGCAACAAAUAAAAGAUUUUAUAGUUAUUUUCUAUACCCAUUUGCAGUUGGUGAUUGUGGGUUGAGAAAAAAAAAAAAAAAAGUAUGGCUAAAAGAUCAUUUAAACAUUUUGUGGAACAAGAACUGGGAAAGUUUCCACUCUUUCUGAUUUAUGCUGUACUCGAAUGGUUGUUGAUAAUUGUGCUUUUUAUUGAUGGGUUUCUUGCAUUUUUUGCUAAUGAAUUUGCUAGAUUCUUUGAGUUGGAAAUCCCUUGUUUGCUGUGCACUAGGAUUGAUCAUGUUCUGGUUCAUAGAGCUGCCGAUUUUUAUUACAAUGAUUCUGUAUGCGAGUCUCAUAAGAAGGAGGUUUCACGUUUGGCUUAUUGUCACAACCACAAGAAGCUUUCUGAUAUAAGAAAAAUGUGUGAGACUUGCCUUCUUUCAUUUGCUACAGAGAAGGCAACUGAUGGCCAUACAUAUAAGUCUCUUGUUGGGAUUUUGCAUAAGAAUAUUGAAAUGUUUGUUGAUAACGAUCAAGAUCAUCAUUUUACUCUACCUACUGGAAGAAAAGAUGAUUCAAUGCAGGCUGAGAAGAUUAUUUUCAAUCGAUGUUUAUGUUGUGGUGAGCCACUGAAGGCCAAGUCCUAUUUUAAGGGAAAGGGAUUGAGCAUGGUUUCACAAGCUCCUAACCCUUCCCCAAGAGCACCAUUUGCAAAUUUGAGAAAUGAGGAGCAUCGCAAUAUGGAAUUACCUCACAUGCGAUACACAGAACUGAAGUUUUCAGACAAUGAAUCUGAGCUACAUGAAGAUGAGGAUGGCCCAAAUACAUCACUUCUUGGUAAGCAAUCUAGGGAAGACGUCAAAGCUACUACAGUGCCAUCGCUGACGGAGGCUGAGGAUAUGAACGAGGAUAGAACUCCUAUUUUUGCCAGAGGAAACAGGUUUUUUGGAAUUCCACUAAUUGAUUCAGCUAAUGCCAGCCCUAGGUGGACUACUAGAAUCCCAAGGAAAUCACUACUUGAAAAAACAGAAUUUGCUUCGGAGUCCAUGGAAGGGAGUACUGCACCAGGUGAAGCAGAUGGUGACUUGAUUUUGCACCAUAUGAAGGGACAGGCUCGACUGGAUCGUAAGUCACUGAUGGCUUUGUACAUGGAACUGGAUGAAGAAAGAAGUGCUUCUGCCGUUGCAGCUAAUAAUGCAAUGGCCAUGAUCACUCGGUUACAGGCAGAGAAGGCAGCUGUUCAGAUGGAGGCCUUACAGUAUCAAAGAAUGAUGGAGGAACAGGCAGAAUAUGAUCAAGAAGCCCUGCAAGCAACAAUGGAUUUACUUGGCAAGAGAGAGGAAGAUAUUAAAGUUUUAGAGGCUGAACUUGACGAGUAUAGAGAAAACUAUGGUCUCUUAACGGAAGAAGGUUUUGAGGGAUCUGGAGUUGAGGUUCAUCAGGCUUACCAGGACAUGAACUCACAAUCUAUCUCAUCUGAAUAUAUCAGCCCAGCCUAUAGUUCCAGUGAUGGGUGUAUUAAAGGAGAAAAUGGGUGUAUUAAAGAAGAAAAUCUGAAUGGUAACAAUCAGCCUUCAUCUUUUUGUGAUGAGAAUGGAGGGGGGACCACAGAAAAAUUAUACAAAGGGGGCAGAUCCCGUCAUCUUGGUCGGUUGAAAAACCUGGAAAAGAGAAUUCACCUUUUGUCAGAUGAUGGACCUCCUUCCUCACGGGCCAGCGCUGACAAUAUUACCCGCGAUGAAGAGACUGGUAAGAUGCAUGAGUUUCCGUAUGUUAGUGAAAAAUUACACAAAGGGGGCAGAUCCCGUCAUCUUGGUCGGUUGAAAAACCUGGAAAAGAGAACUCACCUUUUGUCAGAUGAUGGACCUUCUUCCUCACGGGCCACCUCUGACAAUAUUACCCGCAAUGAAGAGACAGCACAAGAACGCAAAUUAAUGAAAGAAUUGUUGCAUCUUCAUGAACGGGUGAAGGCUCUUGAAGCAGAUGAUGAAUUCUCAAAGCAUGCUGGUAAUACAGCUCAGAAUGAUAGUGAAAGAGAAAAACUACUGACAGAGAUAUGUGAUAAUCUUCAGAAGCUUCGUCAAUUCAUCUCAAUGCCCUUUGAUGAUGACCAUGAUGCAUGAUUUUCUUCCCAAGUCAUUUUCAUGGUAAUUUCUUUGUACAUUCAUCAACUUUAUGCGGUUGAUAAGAAUCGUAGUGUAGAUAACACAAUGAAAAGAAACUAUACACUGAAUUAGUUUUAGUGAAGGUGUGUAAUGGCAAAUUAGCAGGUGUUUUGAACUACUACAUCUUUGAUUACUCAAUGGCAACGUUUAUCAUUUUUUUUUUCCAUAUAUGUGUGUGUGUGAAAAUACGAAAUCUUCUGUAAUUAAUCCAUUUUUCAUAUAUAUGUGUUCAUCUCCCAUGCAGCGAUCUAUGAUUUUAAGAUUAUGCUCUCUCCCUUUAAAUUCUUUGGUCUGCUAGGAGGCCCAUUUGAGGUUAGCCCAUCCCUUUUGCCUAACCCCAGUCUUCCCAAUAAUUCCACCAAUAUUUGGUGUAUAAGGGGACUCAAACUCAAGCAAAUACUGUGAAAUGCUAAUGAAAUUUAAUGCUUCUGGUUUCUUGGUUUAAAAGCGCGCGUGUAUAUAUGUGUGUGCGCGAGCAUUUUGAUUUUUAAGAUGUCUGCAUGCAAUCAGUAGGUUACCCUCAUUUUUUGUGUUUAUGAGCGCACAGUACCUGAGUACUUACUAGAAGCAUUAACACGAUCAAUGAAUGCUUCAAUUGGAUCCAUUCUUAUAAUCAUUAACUUCUAUUUGUUUCUUUUGUCUUGUUUAUCUCACAUUAAGUUCAUGUUUUAAAUAUAUAUAUU